AAACCUCGUUCCAUUUGGAGAAACCCCACGUACGUAAUGUGAACGUUGAAGUAACUGAAUGUCCAAAGUCACCAAAAAGUUGGUCCGAAUUUGCAUUCCCUUUUCAAAAGCAGUAGACGUCUCUCUCUCUCUCUCUCUCUCUCUCUCUCUCUCUCUGAGUUGCUGACAGAGAAUUGAAUGCUUUUCUUUCCACUAUCACCACCAGCUUUUCUACUCCACUGUUAUUUCCAUUCGAAAACGAGAAAUUCUACAGAAAGCUGGAAUCACAAUGGGAGAACGUUAGCCAAAUUCCAAUCGGUGACUUUUCUUUUAGCAAGAUCCUCAAAUGGGUCCCUCUCAAAGUUUCUCUUUUCACUUCGUGUAGCCAAACAAGGAGGAUUCUGCUCAGAAGUCGGAAGUAGAGAUAAAGAGCCUAAAUCCAGAAGAAUUUAGCCUACUUUGCCCUGGAAAAUCGUGGGUUUCCGUCAAAUUUCUCUCUUUUCUACUCGUACUUUGUAGUCAAGAACGAGAAUAAAUCAGCAGGAGCCGAAAGUGCAGAAGAAAUCAGAGACAUCAGCCGAGCAAAUUCUUGGGUUUUUGUCAGAAUUGCAUCUUCUGCUUACAGAGACAUGGUUUUCCGUCAAUCCACUAUCUCUCCGUCCUAAGAAGUAAGAACAAGCUUUCUUUUCGAAACAGAGACAGAGGAACAAAUCCCAGGAGAAAGACAUAGAAUUCAAGCAUCAUCCAUGGAUGUUUCACAUGCCCUGUCACUCGUCAUUGUCUUGUUCUUUCUUUCGUGCCUGUCCCCUGUUCGGGGAAAUGCCGAGCUGAGAGCUCUAAUGGAGCUCAAAUCAUCGUUAGACCCAGAAAACAAGCUUCUCCAGACAUGGACGCUUAACGGCGAUCCUUGCGACGGUUCCUUCGUAGGAAUUGCUUGCAACGAACACCGGAAAGUGGCCAACGUAUCAUUACAAGGGAAAGGACUCACCGGAAAACUAUCUCCGGCGGUGGCGGAGCUGAAAUGUUUGUCGGGUCUUUACUUGCAUUACAACAGUCUCUGGGGAGAGAUUCCCGAGGAGAUCACGAAUCUGACGGAGCUCUUGGAUCUUUAUCUCAACGUCAAUAAUUUCUCCGGCCAGAUACCAGCUAAGAUCGGCGCUAUGACUAGUCUGCAAGUUGUGGAUCUCUGCUGCAACCAGUUGACAGGGAAAAUACCCGAGCAGAUGGGAUCCUUGAAGAAGCUAACUGUACUGUCUCUGCAAUACAACAAUCUAACUGGCGAGAUCCCUUCAAGUUUAGGGAACUUGGAUAUGUUAAGCAGGCUUGAUGUGAGCUUCAACGACUUGCUUGGUCCCAUCCCGAAAACCCUAUCCGAUAUUCCUCAGCUCGAUACUCUGGAUUUACGCAACAAUAGCCUCUCUGGCAUUGUUCCACCUGGUCUUAAGGAGCUGAGUGGAAGAUUCCAGUUCGAGAACAACCCGGGUUUGUGCGGGACUGGUUUUCCUUCACUGAGAGCGUGUUCGGCUUUCGACAAUGUGAAUAUCGAACAACUCAAGCAGCCUUCUCCACAGAUUGGUUCAGACAAGUCCAGUUUGCAAGACAUACCCAAAACAGUUUACUUCCAUGGGCAUUGCAACCAAACACGCUGCAAGAAAUCGUCGAAACUUCCACAAGUAGUUCUGAUUUCCAGCGUGAUUACUGUCAGCAUAACGUUGAUCGGAACGGGUUUCUUGACCUUUUUACGCUACAGAAGAAGGAAACAGAAAAUCAGUAACACGACUGAGGUUUCCGAGGGAAGGCUCAGCACAGAUCUUCAGAAGGAUAUGUCAGUAAACGGGGCCUCACCUCUAACGGGCCUCGGGUAUUCUAAAGAAUGGGAUCCACUUGGGGACAGCAGGAAUGGAGCUGGGUUCUCGCAAGAUCAUCACUUUCUUGCGAACAGCAGCUUCAGGUUUAGUUUGGAAGACAUCGAAUCUGCAACACAAUGCUUCUCGGAAUCGAAUCUAAUGAGCAGAAGCAGCUUCUCAUCAGUGUUCAAAGGAAACCUCCGUGACGGUUCUCUUGUUGCCAUAAAGAGAAUCAACAUAACCAGUUGCAAGAACGAGGAAGCCGAAUUCUUGAAGGGUCUGAAUCUUUUGAUCUCGCUUUCGCACGAAAACCUCGUCAAGCUUCGAGGGUUUUGCUGCUCCAGAGGCAGAGGCGAAUGCUUCCUCGUCUAUGAUUUCGCCCACAAAGGAAAGCUCUCGGAUUUUCUCGAAAUACAAGAUUAUGGGAGCGGUCAAGUCCUUGAUUGGCCUACCAGGAUCUGCAUCAUCAAAGGGAUAGCCAAAGGGAUCGCGUUUCUGCACGGGAAUGAACCGAACAAGCCUGCAAUAGUUCAUCGCAACAUCUCAGUGGAGAAAAUCCUACUCGACGAGAAUUUCAACCCGUUAAUGGCGGAUUCGGGUCUCCACUAUCUCUUGGCCGACGACUUUGUCUUCUCGGCUCUCAAAACAAGCGCUGCAAUGGGAUACUUAGCUCCUGAAUAUAUCACCGGCGGACGUUUCACUGAGAAAACCGAUAUUUUCGCCUUCGGAGUCAUCAUUCUGCAAAUACUCUCCGGCAAACUAAUGCUUACGAACUCGAUGAGGGCCGCAGCUGAAAACGGAGAAAAUCACAAAGGAUUCAUCGACGAAAACCUUCAGGGAGAGUUUGAUGAGUUGCAGGCGAGAGAGAUGGCGAAGAUCGGGAUAAGCUGUACACAGGAGAUUCCGAACAAUAGGCCGAACAUAGAGACUGUUCUUCAGGAGAUAAACUAUACGAUCGGCAUGUAAAAAAAAAAAAAAGAAAGACCAUCUUGUUCAUCUGGGUCUGUAACCAGUGGUCUGGAGAAAGGUGAAAGCUUGCAAAGAGGAAGAGAGCCGGUCUGUGAUUUUCCGGUUAAGAUGUGGCAGAACCGGUCGGUUUGUUUGGAUUGAGUUGAAUAAAUUUUCGGUUUCGAUUU